AUGCUACCCCUCGGCCUGCUGAAUGCGGCCCAGGGCCACCCCAUGCUCGUCGAGCUGAAGAAUGGCGAGACACUCAACGGUCAUCUUGUUAUGUGCGACACAUGGAUGAACCUGACCCUUAAGGAGGUGGUACAGACCAGUCCGGAGGGCGACAAAUUCAUGCGGUUACCAGAGGUUUACGUCAAAGGAAACAAUAUCAAGUACUUGCGGGUGCCCGACGAGAUCAUCGAUACCGAGACCAUGGCGGCCGAGGAGGCGAUAGAGGACGUGGAGGAAGGGGUCAAGGCCGUGGACGAGGAAGAGGGCGAGGUGCUUGAGUAA